CUGAUCUUCGUGCACGAAGAUCCGACAGCAGGAGUUCAUCAUGUGUGGCAAGAAGAUCACCUAGAACUGAUUUUUCAUUUACGCGAAUGCAGAGCAGUAUUAAGCACCAGUAAACGCAAAGUAAGUACGAGUAACUGCUCUACCAAUUAGGUUUAAGAGUACUGAAUUAGUUGCGCCAUCGAGUUGUAUGAUUUUUUGACUACAGACAGAACCAUUUGAAAGCCUUGUGCACUCCCUUGCAAAAAAAACGCCUAAAAAUGGACAAAAUGGCAAAAAAUAGCCUCGUUCUUCCGGUGAUUUUCGCACUUUUCUGCGGCCUUAUUCCAAUACCCAAGGGGGCGUGGGCAAUUACGCCGGUCUCAAAAGCUGCGAAAAUUGAACCGACCAAAGUGUUGGUCCUCUGUGCGAGCGAGGAGAGCAUACAGCGGGAUAAGUAUGCCAUGUUGAUCAAUGCCUUUCACAAAAACAUCAUCGGCCGAAGAAGUACAACGACCACCUCGUCGCAGAUACAACAAUAUUCCCCCACAUUUCUUGUCGGUGAGGGCCAGCAGCUUUCGCUCAACCAGCAGACGGCCGAAAACAUUGUCCAGGCACAGCUAGACCCCGAAACGAUACAGACAGUGGUCAAUGCCAGCGACUGUUGGAGCGCAGGGAAAAACGGCUUUGACGCCGUGGUGGACGAGUUUUGUAGCCUGGACUUCGAUGUCGUGGAAGAUGUAGCUGGGCCUUAUGGUCGUGGCGGUAGCAACAACGAAAAUAAAGUUUCUUCAGAUCAUGAAGGCACAACUGAAGGCGAGGACCAACACCAGAUGCAAAGCGAGAACAACUACAGGUCGGCCACUCGCAGCACGACCACGACGUGGACUUCUUUGAAGGUCUACAAAAAACCCGCAUCCAACAGCGUGACCCCCUUCGUGCUGAAACAGAUUUUCGAUUCUUGUCUGAAGCCGGGCGGUUUCUGGUACACCAGCACCGACGAUCCGGAGUCGGAAGCCUUUCGUAAUCCAGAUCCCGCUUUCACCGCGAGCAAAGCGGCGUUGUUCUUUCUGGAAAAUCUGUGGCGCGAAGGGAAAAUCUCGGACACCAUCGAGUGGCAGCAGUGGACGCUGCCGGAGGUCUUCGAAUUCGGACGAGUGAGGAAACAAGCUGGUAUUUUUAAACGUCGUGAUCCACUUGCUCAAAGUGAUAUCAAUACUGCGGAGAAUGAUGAUCCAACCGUUGAUCGUCGUGCUGCGCAGGAACCACGCGUACUGGUGGCACUACCUUCACCUGCUCCCGCACCCCGCGGUUCCGACGAAAAGCCGAAUUGGAAGCGAGCCGCUCUCCCGCUGGGGGAUGAGGUGAACGAAACUGGAGAAAAAGCGCCUGUGCUACCAGAAAUUCUUGCAAGGGACGAUGAACUACAGGAGGGGGUUGCGAGGACCACCACCGACUUAAAAGAGAAUGAAGGAGUACACAUGAAGUCCUUGAUGCCAGAACAAAAAUCGUCCACCGAUACAGCCGGUCGCGGUGUGGACGACCCGGUGCCGGUAGUUGUUCCGGAUAUUUUUAAAGUAGGCGAUGAGCGGCCACAUCGUGAAGAUCUACUUCAUGUUACAAGACCUGAAGAUGAAAGCAUGAUUACAUUUAACACGUCGACAUCAAGAAAACCGGCGAAAAAAGUCCUCGUGUUGUGCGCCGACGCGGAAAGUAUGGCACGGGAAAAGUACAAAAGUCUGAUGCAGCCCUUUCUCGUCGCGCCGGCGGCGGAGGACUCUAAAAAUGUUUCCAAGACGACAGAAGCCGAGAUGAGGGAUUUAGAUUCAGUUGCACCAUCCGAACAAGUGCAAUAUCAUUAUCACGCACCAGCAGAGCUCCUGCAUGACUUUCAACAUUACUCGCCCACCUUCCUGGUCGAUGAGAUGGAGGAUCUGUAUCACGACAAGUCGCUCUCGGACACCACGAAGGAAUCCGUCCAGAAGUUCGCAAGGGGUAACCAGAUCGUCCGUGCCGAGCUGCAUCCGGCCACGGUGGCAGAAGUGAUUCGAAGCACGAAGUGCUGGACAACAAAUUUUGUUGAUCACGGUCGUGCGGUAGAUGAGACGAAAAAUGAUUAUCUUUAUCAUGUGCCGCAAAUGGACGCCUCCGAAGAGCAAGAAUCAUUCCAGGUCGGUGGAUAUUACGACGCCAUUGUCGACGAGUUUUGCACCAAGGAUUACGACGCACCUCCUGCUGCAGAUUUUACGUCGAACACAACUGCAACUGCCACCGAAGCACCAGGGGAGCUACUACACCAUCAAAGCAGGAGUCGUUCCCCACGACCUCGCAAGAAUGAACUGCGCGAGUACGAAGGGCUGACGCCAUCUGUUUUGAAAACGGUUUUCGACGCCUGUCUAUCAAAUGUAAAAGUGUCUGGGUCUGGAAGAAUGCAACCUGUCAUGCUAAAUCUGAAGCAUGCAAAAAUCUGUGUUGCAUGAUUACCAAAUAACGUCGUCCAGUUUUGACCAAGUCGGGAGGGAGUUUCUCAUGCAGGAUAGGCAUGAGAGAGAUCACACAGAAUCUGGCAUGCUACGCCCUGCAUUCCAGACCUCAUGGGUCAUGGAAAAGCUGCAUGACGAAUCGCGCAUUCUUCCAGACCCAGACAUAUUUACAUUUGAUACUGUUUAAAACCCGGCGGACACUUUUACACGGCCUUGGACCACCCGGAAAGCGACGCGUUUUGGAAGCCGGCACCCAACCAGCAGGCCGUCCGCGUUAUUCUGUCUUUUCUCGAGGACCUGUGGCGCAGGAGGCAAAUCUCCGAUGCGAUCGAGUGGGAAAUGCCGGAGUAUGAAAACGGGGAUUGGGUCGAAGAAAUCGAGUUCGCAAGGGUUGAGAAGCUACUGCUCGCUGGCACAACUACUGCUGCCGAAGGCUCGUACGACGACAAGAACGACGAGCGAAAAAAAGAAGCACUCAAUAUUCCUCGCGGCCCCGACGAAGAGCCGAACUGGCGAGUGGCCCCUUACGCGAAAGCCGCGCAGGACCAGCACGAGGCCGAGGGACAACUACUGCAGGGAGAGAUGAAAACACCAGCCGUUGCCGAAGACCACUCUGCUCUUCAGGUGGGCAGCUGCGAAAAUAACAAUGCCGGAGAACAUGAUCAAGCGCGAGGAGUAUCUCAGCACCGCGACCAGGGAGACGAAGAACCGGCAGUAGAGCGUUCUUGCCACGUCACGGACAGCAGCAGCAGCACACAAACAAACGCAUCUUGCUCAAGUAACAAAAAGUGGAGCUCAUCCUCAUCGUCCCAUGGGGCUCGUGUGCGCCACUUAUGGAACACCGUUCGCACGGCGCUCCGGAUUUUCUAAAUUUGAACGGGAACAAGGCAAGAAACUCGAAGUAAUGAAACGCUCGUCCUUGCGAGGUGCUGUUGUGUAAUAUCAUCAAUCUAAAGGUUAUUUUUUCUCUUUGUCUUUCUAUUCACCUCAACUAGGGUCGCUUCAUCGAAGAUCUAAUGAGUGGUAAGAAGCAUGAUGGUGAGAAGUUUAUACUACGAAGAACGAACUGAGUUCAUGUAGAAUUUCUUGAGGAAGUGAGUGAGAUUACGACUAGUGAGUGGCUUCUAUUCAGUUUCGAAGUAGUUGUACCGGUACUACCCAAUUAAAACCCGAAAUAAAUUAUAGUUGCGUUAGAAGGUUGCUUGAUAAAGUCUUCAGAAACAACGCCGCACUCAUUAUACAUGAUCUUCACGG